ACAAAACUAUCCAAUUCAUUUCUAUCAAUAGUUAUAAGUUAUAUUGUUAUCUAGUGGACAAGUUCAUAAGAAUGUCGUCUGAAUUGACCUGUCACUCAAAUAACGUUGAAUCAACGACAGUUAAAAAUUUUGGAACUAAUUCUUUGGUGAAAUCAUUUCCUGGUUCCAGCUCACAAGAAAACCUUUAUCGUUCUGGUGCUAAUGCGUCAGCUUAUUCCGAAUUUGGAGUGACAUUACAUCAUAUUGCUGUGACACUUUCCGCACAAUCAGAUUGUCUAAGUCCCGUUACUGUUGAUAUUCUCAUUGAUAUUAUUAUGGACAAACUUCAAUCUAUUUUAUCUGAAAACAGAGACACAGUAUUCAAUUCUACAACUCUUAAUGUAGAAGACUUCGAAUCCCCAAUGGAUGAUUUUGCUUGCCCUCACUGCCGCGAACUUUUGUACAAACCUAUUACAUUUCUAUGUGGCCACUCAUUUUGCCAGCUCUGUGUACAGUGUCAAGAAAACCCAAUGACUUUUUGUGAAGUUUGCAAUGUUCUGAUAACAGAUGAAGAAAGAUUAGGAUACAGCAAUAAUGUUGUUCUGAUGGCUGUUUUUGAGUCAUGGCACAAAAACGAAUGGCAAGGCAGAGCUUUAACAACAGAAGGAAUUGCCCUGUUGUGUAAACAGGAAUACAAAAAAGCCAUUGAAAAAUUUAAUAAAGCUUUAGAACUUGUCCCACAAAGCCAUUCUGCUUUCCUACACCGCGCAAAAGCAAAUUUCUCGCUUGGUAAUUAUGAAGCUGCUUUACGAGAUGCUACGCGCGCUUCUGUUGUAGCUCACAAAUCUCCCGAGGCUUAUUAUGUAAAAGGAGAAAUCCUCUACCAGCUUGACUACGUGGAAGAAGCAUUGUUUUACUUUCUUAUUUGUGUGCUUCUCGACUCCAGCCGAAAAGACGCGAAAAAACGAACGCACGAGAUUAUUACCACUCUUGUCUCACCGCAUUUCUCCGCCACAAAUGCAACACAUUCUACCAACAAGCGUUCAAAUCCAAGCCAAAACGAGUUUCCAAGCAAAAGGAAUUGCUUAGAAAACUCACGCAAUCUUCCAUAUUUCCCAGUUUAUGAUGAAACUGCUUCGUCAUCUUCCGCUACAGUUGAUUACGUCACGAAUAAUGACAUCACACCUACCGUCCACGUCACACCUAUGACGUUUACCAACCGCAGUGUAUACCCUCCUUCUGUCCAUGCUUGGUCGAUGAAAAAUUUGGAUGUAAAACCUAGUUUAACCAAAAGUGAUACACCCGAAAAAUAUGAAGCAGCUUUGGAAAUUAUUUUGAAAACGAUCGACGAUUCUUCAGCGAACGAUCUAAGGACGUUACGUACCCAACGCGUCAGCAAAGACCUUGUCGAAGCUAUGGCUCUAAAACCUGCGCCCAAAGCGAGGUUACAAAACAACGAAGAAUUAGAUGAUAGCGACUUGGAAUGUAGCUUGUGUAUGCGACUUCUAUGUGACCCUGUAUGUACACCCUGCGGACAUAUGUUCUGCCAAGGAUGCAUCGAAAGAUGUCUUGACCAUAAAUCUCAAUGUCCAUUGUGUAAGAAGACAGCUAAACACAACAAGUCGCUAGAGGCGCUACACUCCCCCUGUUGUUACGUCACAAAAGCUAUUAUACGUCAAUAUCUUCCUGAAGAAUACGCAGAACGCGAAUUACAACACAAACAAGAAAUCGAUGAAUUAACAAAAACCCAACCAAUUUUCGUAUCUACGAUUGCAUAUCCUUCGGUACCCUGUCCGUUACAUAUCUUCGAACCACGUUAUAUGCUGAUGUUACGUCGCUGUUUAGACUACAAUGACCGGGAAUUCGGCAUGUGCAUGAGGUCUCCAGACAAACCGCAUCAUGACAACGGCACAACUUUACGAGUAAAAAACGUCAAAUUUUUCCCUGAUGGUCGUUCAGUCGUGGACAGCGUUGGCAACCGACGUUUCGUGACAAAACACAGCCAAAAACGGGACGGCUACCACGUCGCAACUCUUAAAUUUAUUGAAGAUACAAAAAUCCGGGACGAAGAUAUAGAAAAACUGACACGAAUCGUUGAUAAGGUAUACGACGAGGCAAGAGAAUGGUUUUCUUCAGUAACUCCUCCUCUUAAACAGAAAAUAACGCUUCAUUUUGGCGACCUACCCACUAAACAAUAUGGGUUUAACACCGAGAACGGGCCCGAUUGGCUAUGGUGGGUUCUUGCUGUAUUACCAGUAGAAGACACAUACAAAGCUUCUAUUGUGGGUAAAAACAAUCUCCAAGAACGGCUACUCACUAUACACAAAAUAUUCGUAUGCUUACAAGUUAAAAGCAAGAAAAACAGCCAGGGUUCGGCGUCUACUUCGUCGUCUAGCUAGCUUCGAGGGGAUUCGAACCUGUUCCCACCCACUUCAAGCCACUGUCACUGUGCACAGCUUACCGCUGCUUACUCGGCACUGCUUAGUAAUUAAUACAUUUAAAUAACAUUUCAUUUUUUUGAAAUUUGAAGUAAAAUAAUAAUGUAUUGAUUCUCGCUUCGUAGUACGGUAUACGCCCGAUGCUAAUUAUUGCUUCGUGAAAAAUUGGACCAAAAAAGGCGCUAUGGGAUAAAACACGCACAGUACACCAACUGUUCAUAUAAAACCCAAACAGUGUACCGUUUUUUAUACAGAAAUUUUACAAUUAGUGAUAUUUUUGAAUUAUUGUACCGCUUUUACAAAAGCACCAAUUUGGAGUUUGAUCAGCAAUAUAUACUAUUAUUGAUGUAGCGAAAUAAAACCUGUUGUUCACGCUUA